AUUCUGUUUUGUAGAGGGUGGAGUUAUUUCACAGUGUGGUUACUGCCUCUCUCUCUCUCACUCUGUCCAGUUGAGACCGAGAAGGACUGAUUGCCAUGAAUGAAUCAACGGAAAUGCUGCAAAAAUUUGAGAACAGGAUCCAACCGCAGCAGAUGAUCGAGCAGCUCCAGGGGAAAAAUCUUCAACUAAAACAAGCGGUUUCUUGUUUUAAAAAGCGCUGCACGUUUGCCUCCUGGGUCUUAGAGAACAUCAACAAGAAGGAGUGCUGCUUCUUUGAAAAAGGUGUCAGAGCGGAUGUAUGCAAGUGUGGCUACUCUAAGACCGACCAUGUGGAUGAAGCCAUCAAGCCGGAGGACUUCACAGGCGAGUCGUGGGACAGACACAGACACAUCCGUGAAGUCCCCACCGAUGCUUUUGGAGACAUCAGCUUUGGUGGUUUGGGACAAAAGACUGGCCAGUAUGCGCGAGUGUCCACAGACACCAGCCCUGAAAUCCUGUACCAGUUAUUGACCGAUCAGUGGAAACUUUCCCCUCCCAACCUGCUGAUCUCAGUGACCGGAGGAGCCAAGAACUUCUACCUGAAGGCUCGUCUCAAGACGGUCUUCCACAGAGGUCUCAUUAAAGUGGCGCAGACCACAGGUGCGUGGAUCAUCACCGGUGGCACACAGACUGGUGUGAUGAAGCACGUCGGGCGGGCUGUGAGGGACUACGCCCUGAGCAGCUCCACGCAGGGUCAGAUCGUGGCCAUCGGAGUGGCAACGUGGGGAGUAAUUCACAACAGGGAUGCUCUGGUGCAGCCAGAGGGUUGUUUCCCAGCCCAUUAUGUGAUGGACAUUGAGGGCCAAGGCCGACUCUCCUGCCUCGAUAACAACCACACCCACUUCCUGCUGGUGGACGAUGGGACUCAGGGACAGUAUGGAGUGGAGAUCGAGCUGCGGAGCCGUCUGGAGAAGUGCAUCGCUGGGAAGCGUCUUGGAAACAAAGAGAGCGGCGUGACCAUCCCUGUGGUGUGUGUGGUUUUGGAUGGAGGACCAGGCACUCUAAAUACCAUCUAUAACGCCAUGCUGAACAGUACACCAUGUGUGAUCUUGGAGGGCUCUGGGAGAAUAGCAGACGUGAUCGCUCAGGUGGCAGGGCUGCCACCGGGCCGGAUCACCAUCGCCCUCAUCCACCAGUUAAUGAAAAAGUUCUUUGGCAAAGAGUAUGAAAGGUUCCCCGACCUCAGGAUCAUAGAAUGGACCAAGAAGAUUCAGGACAUCAUCAGGAUGUCUCAGCUGCUGACAGUCUUCACAAUAAGCGAUGACGAGCAAGGCGAUGUGGAUGUAGCUAUCCUCCAAGCGCUGCUCAAAGCCUCGAGGACCAGCGAGUCACUGGGAAUGGACUGCUGGAAGAGGCAGCUGGAGCUGGCUAUCGCCUGGAACCGAGUGGACAUAGCUGAGACUGAGAUCUUCACUGAGGAGAGCCACUGGAAGUCCAGUGACCUCCACUGGGCCAUGUUCUCAGCCCUGGUUGGCAACAAACCUCAGUUUGUGCGUCUGCUGCUGGAGAACGGUGUGAAUCUGAGGGAUUUCCUGCAGGACGAGGAGACUCUGUGCGAGCUCUACAAGCAGAUGCCCGGCUGCUUCUUUCUCGGCAAGCUGGCCAAGCGGGUCCAAAAUUCAAGCCACUUCAGGAGGCGGGUGAUCGGCAUCAGAUCCCGAAAUCACUCGGAUCAAUCGAUCACCAUGACUCACGUGUCUGGCGAGGUGCGCCACCUGCUGGGCAGUUUCACCCAGCCCCUCUACCCUCCAUCCACCACUAUAAACCAGUUCAACAUGUCUAUGGAGGAUUCAUCUUCAUCACAGUCUAAAAGUCAGGCAGGAUCCCAGGCUGCACUCAGGGAGAUCAUUGUUGAAGCACCGAGGGACCCGGGCAGAGACCUUUUCCUUUGGGCCAUUGUGCAGAACAAUAAGGAUCUGGCUGAAAUUGCCUGGGAGCAGUGCAGAGACUGCAUGUCUGCCGCCCUGGCCGCCAGUAAGAUCCUGAGGAAGCUGGCCGGUGAAGGAAGUGAUGCAGACGAGGCCGAGGAAAUGAAAGAGCUCGCCAAUCACUACGAGAAACACGCCAUCGGUGUCUUCAGUCAGUGCCACAACAGUGAUGAAGACCGGGCUCGGAAGUUGUUGGUUCAUGCGUCACCGUAUUGGGGGAGGACGACGUGCCUGAGGCUGGCGCUGGAGGCCGAUGAUAAAAGCUUUGUAGCUCAGUCAGGAGUUCAGGCUCUUCUGACGCAGAUCUGGUGCGGUGAGCUCUCAGUGGACAACCCUGUGUGGAGAGUGAUGGUCUGCAUGGUUUUCUUCCCACUCAUCUACACCAGAUUUCUGGUUUACAGACGAGAUGAAGUCAUCCAGAGAGAAACUGCGAAGAACGAGGAGAUCAAGACGGUGGAGAAAGUGACUGGAAGCACGAUGCGAACAAACUCUCGCAGCCUUUCGGACGUCAUUUGCAGUGACCUCGCCAGCCUGAGGCGCCUGAAGCCUCUGAGGAGCUGGUCCAAACUGGUGAGCUUGUACAGCUCUCCGCAGGUCAAGUUUUACUGGAACAUCGUGUCUUACUUCGCCUUCCUCUUCCUGUUCGCGGUGGUGCUGAUGAUCGACUUCCAGGACCUGCCCUCUCCUUGGGAGCUGCUGCUUUAUAUCUGGCUGCUCUCUCUGGUGUGCGAGGAGGUCAGACAGCUGUUUCAUGAUCCUGAUGGCUUCGGGUUUCGUAAGAAAUCCAAGAUGUACAUCAACGACCUGUGGAAUAUUUUAGACGUUCUGUCCAUCAUCCUCUUUAUCAUUGGCUUUGCAUUUAGGCUGACGACUGUGCUCUUCUAUGCGGGUAAAGUCCUCCUCUGCAUCGACUUUGUGGUCUUCUGCCUCCGUCUCAUGGCCAUCUUCACUAUCAGCAAAACCCUGGGACCCAAAAUCAUCAUCGUGAAGAGGAUGAUGAUGGACAUGUUCUUCUUCAUGUUCCUGCUGAGUAUCUGGGUGGUGGCGUACGGAGUGGCCAAACAAGGCAUCCUCAUCCACAACGACAAUCGGCUGGACUGGAUCCUCCGCGGGGCAGUUUAUGAGCCGUACCUCAUCAUAUUUGGGGAUUUUCCUCAAAAUAUUGAAUAUUCCGGAUUUGACCUGAACUCCUGCAGCAUGAACGGCACCGAUCCUCUGAAGCCAAAGUGUCCCGUGCUGAACGAAAGCCAAACCCCAGCCUUCCCUGAGUGGCUCACCAUCAUCAUGCUCUGUGUUUACCUGCUCUUUGCCAACAUACUGCUGCUCAACCUGCUCAUAGCCAUCUUCAACUUUACGUUCCAGGAAGUUCAGGACAACACAGACAGAAUCUGGAAGUUUCAAAGAUACGAGCUGAUUAAGGAGUACCACAGCCGCCCCGCUGCGCCUCCUCCUUUCAUCAUCCUCAGCCAUCUUUACAUCUUCAUCAGGAACGUGGUGCUGUGCAGGCCCCCCGUCGUCUGCAAAGAGUUCAAGAACGAGCUCCUUGAGAGUGAGGAGGAGGAGCUGUUGUCGUGGGAGGCCUUGAUGAAGGACAGAUACCUGCAGUCCACUCAGCAGGAGCAGAGCCAGAGCAUGGAGCGACGCAUCCUGGACACGGCCCAGAAGGUCACCACCAUAGGCGAUCGGCUGGAGAGGGAAGAGGAGAAGAGCUCUGAUGCCAUGUUGAAAAGACUGGCUCGACUAGAGGAGCAGGUCGGCCAGUCAGCCAGAGCCCUGCAGUGGAUUAUGGACAGUCUGAAAUCUCAGGGUUUUGCAGCAAACGAACCACAGUCACUGAACGAGUCCCCUGACACGUACGUCGGUACAUCAGAGAAAGAAGACGGGUUCCACGUGAACGCCCGGCAGUUUCAUUACCCAGGCAGCAAAGUCACGCGCUUCCCGGUGCCUGACGAGAAGGUGCCAUGGGAGGUCGGCUUCAGCUCAUACAUGCCAAUUUAUUUCGCCUCUGAAGACAGUGAAGACCAUGUAGAUGGAUCCGAAUUAGCGGCCUUAGAUAAUUACAGAAACCCACAGGGGAGGACGGGCAUCAGAGGACGAGGCACGCUGAGCCGCCUCGGUCCAAAUCUGCACGUAGACCUUGUGCUUACACGCUGGCGAGACAGUGAGCGAUCUGUUUUGGAGUACCUGGCUGUUUUGGGAGAGACCCAGGGACUGUUGGCUUUACCUGCCGGACCCGUCCAAACUACUGACGUCCUGCCAGUGACUCUUAAGAGGACCAUGGGAAAGACGCUGUAUGAAAAGCUAAAUGAAAAAGUAUCAGACGGAAUAAAGGUGUUCGAGGGUUAUGUGGACGACUGCAGGAACACAGAUAACGCCUGGGUGGAAACCACCGUCUUAAACAUUCACCUGGACAGAACGAGCCCGCUGAUGGUCGAUAUCAGCAACAUGGCGGUGAGCGCCUACGGCUCCCUUCUGUGGCAGGAGGUGAGCGGCAGAGCCCGACUCAGCUCAAGCCAGAGAGAGUCUCUGCGGCAGGUUGCCGAACUGCACAACAGGAAGUUCUGAUUGUUCACACGCCGCUCCAGCUGUAAAUGUGCCUCUCUGUCGGCAGGUUUUCUGCUGUCUUUUUGUUAAGGGCUGAUUGAUUAUGUUACACUGAAAGCACUUGUAAAAAAAAAGACACUUUAAAGCCUAAUUGUUAUGCUGCUGUGGAUUAUUUCUGAAUGUUUAGCCCACACAUUGUGCGACGUGUUCACUGAUCACUGAUACUCCAAAUAUGGUGGCACUUUGAGGUAAUUGUACUUCUAAAGAGUAUUCCCAUGUUAUACUACUUCAGUCAGUAUUCACUUUUACAUACACAUGUAAAUCAUUGUCUCACUGAAUAUAAAAUAAUGCAGUUACAGAUGCCAAACACUAGAGAGUAGUUGACAGAGCUGAUACAGAUGAUGCAUCAAUAAUAAUGCUAUCAUAUGACUCUGCUUACAGUUUAUAUUAUAUAAACUCCUAAAAAAGGGAAUGUGCUGCAAAUAAUGACUUUAUUUUUCAUACAGUUUGCUGCAAAUACCUUUACUUGAGUAUAAUAAUAAAUGCAGGAUUUUUUUUUACUUGCA